GCACCAGCACCUCAGUCCUUCCUCCAUCUCCGUCGGGGUCACACGUGCGGCGUUCACGCUCCUCCCCUCACGCUCCAGAGCCUCUCGAGGUAGGCAGUCAGGUGACGAGACCCACACCCAGAACACACCCUGAAGUCAAGAAAGAGACGCCCUCACUGCCGAUAUGAAGACCACAGGCGCCUCUCACCGAGCAGGCCGAGCAGCGCGUGAAUGAAAACAAAACCCUGUCACAGCAAAACACGCAUUUUGCUCUCUUUCCCUGCAAUCACUUUUUACGAGGCGAAGUAUUGCGAGCAGUCGAUUCCAAAUGCCUCUCUCUCCUAACACAACAGCUGCACCUUUGCCUGCACGCCGCCCGUCACGACAUACCCCGCCCACGCCCUGCCUAGCAAGUGCCCCCAGUGUGAGUGCUUGGUGCCUGGGUGGAGGAGGAAGCGGUGGAGGCGAGGGCGGCGGAGAGGCAAUGGUGGUGGUGGUGCCCCUGGGUGUCAUUAGUCGGGGCAGUGAAUGGAUGGUCGCCCCUCACUGAGAGAUGGUCCACCUCCACCUUAGGGCACGGCGUCUUCCCAAGGGUGCGGCGGCAGUGGACCGACUACUCAUGACCCAGAGUCAGCCCGGUGCAUCACGCAGGGCGGCACGGACACCACAGCAAGGCGAGUGCUACUAAUUACUGCCACUAUUGCUGUUCCCUGUGUGACGUUGUUCAUCAAAAGCGUAAAAUUAGUGAGGAGGAAAAACGGGAAGAGGAAAAUGGACAAAAGAUAUUUCAGGGAAAGAACAGUUUUGGACGCUUGUUAAAGUUGCAUCUCUAGGAAGUGACUCUAAAAGGGCGUUGCUUUAAGUCCCGUUUUAAGCAAGAAUUUCAGAACGAGCGGUUCAGCAAGCCUCUCGGCGUGACGGUAGUGUAAAGGACGCGGCGACACUCUACCUCAAAUUCCAUCCACAAAUAAAUAAAACAAGAGACACAGGACUCAUUCAAAGCAGCUUCCGCACACACUCACACACACAGGAAGAAGAAAAGAAUUAUAAUUUGUUUUUUUUAAUCUCGCCUGACUCUGAAGCAAGACAGUAAAAAAAAAAAAAAAUAGAUAAACAUAUUACGAAUGUGUGUGAAGAAAAGUUACAGAAGGAAUAUGGAGCAAUAAUCUGAAGGAGGAAUGAGAGGAAGAGAGCAGAAAGUGUUUUAAAAAUAAGAAGAGAAGGAGAAGGAACACACGAGUUUAACAACUUUAUAAGACAAUAUCAUACACACCAACACACAUUUUCCUUCACCUCACACUCUCCCUCCUUCCUCCUGUCAAUACUCUGCUUGUUAUGGACAUGUACUGAAGUGCUUCUUGUUGGGCGAGAACCACACUAAUCCCGGGAGUCUCCUAACGAAGCACAGUUGUCCGCGUUACGUAAUUUUAGCUCGAUUCGCAAUUUUCAGUGUGCACGUGUGUGAGUGUGUGUGAGAGUGGGUGUGAGGUUGAAGGAAAAUAUAUAUAUAAAAAAAAAGUGUAGUGAUAAAAUACCUUAAAAAGCUUCUAUAAACCACACAAGAUCCAUAUAAAAACUGCAAUGUAAAAAACAAAACUACUAAAAACAACUGUAUAAUUCCCUAACAUCAAAUGAAUGACAUGUGAACGUGACACUUACUAAUAACUAAGACUAAAACAGUGCAGCAUUUCGUUUAGUUACUUAUUAUUUCUCACCUCCUAAAACUGAACCCCAAAUAAACAAAAACAAAACAAGUGGAGAUUAUUAACAGUAACUAAACCAAGGAACCAUAAAAAUACAAAAGAUAAAAUACAAAAACAAUAAAAUAUUACAACUACAACUACAACUACAACUACUAAAAACAAAUAAAGUAACUAAAAAGAUUUAUAUACAUAGUUAUACGUAUAUUUCUACUGACACAAAACAAAUGACACACAACAAUACAAUGAGUUUGAGAAAUUGAUAUGAAAACAAGACUCGCUUUCAGCACCUGAGAUCCUCGUCACGUCAUCUGAAGACUUCUAGCACUGCACUGCACCUCAAUACACCUUCAUCUCACCUCACCUCACCUUCACACCAGUCAGCAGCUUCGUAGGCUGCCUCGUUCCUCGUCAGGGUUACUGGUCGAUCUGCCGCCUCGAGGACGAACCAAGGAGAAGCUCACGCCACUUCAAGACCAUCUAUCAACAAGCUGCUGGCCGGAGAAAGUUGGCAACCACUCAAGCACAAGCCUUCCUCACUUCUUCCUCCACUCCACCACCACCACAACUAGACUCCACCUAUCCUCAUCCAAGACCCACUCCACUUCUCCCACCUCAGCCCUCCCUCCUCCCUCCACACACACACACACACACACACACACACACACACACACACACACACACACACACACACACACACACACACUAACACACCACAGGACCCCUCAACUAACCCGUAUUGUAACGAAACAUUCCUCUCUAACAACUUGGCCUGACAAUUUAUAAACACGCCAGCCAACUUCCUACUCUAACCUUCUGUAAGAUCCGGUUUCUCUCUCCCACUGCGAGGUCACCCCUUCCUCUACUAACUCCCGACUCUCUCUCUCUCUCUCUCUCUCUCUCUCUCUCUCUCUCUCUCUCUCUCUCUCUCUCUCUCUCUCUCUCUCUCUCUCUCUCUCGUCUUUCCUCUGCUCACUUUAACUGUUUAACACGUUCCUUUCUUCCCUUCUCGCUUAGACAUAAUAUUAUAAUUCACCGUAUCUUCUUUCCUCAUCAUCCUCCUUCGGCCGCUGACUCACUGUGAAAAAGGACAUACACGCGUACACACACAAAUCCUUCUCCGCCUACACACGCUGCAUCCCUCGUCUCCCUAUCACCACCACCACCACCACCACCACCCUCCCCAUCAUCACCGCCAUUGCCUUCCUGUCCCGCCCUCUCUCCCGCCACACUCACCACCAUGUCUAUUGGAGGGGGCGCCCACUUGAUCUUCGGGGGCGGCAGCAGCAACCGCACCGUCUCGUCCCAGCAGUUCGAGUGCCACCCGGGCGGCACCACCGAGGCUGCCAUCAUCCUGUCUCUCGGCGCCCUCGGCAUGUCCGCCAAUAUCUUCCUCAUGACGCUUCUCAUCGCCCGCAGGCACCUCAGGAGGUGGUCCCAGGGCCUGCUCUUCCACCAGGCACUCGUGGACUGUGGGAGGGCAGCAAUACUCAUCCCACUAGGCCGCUCCAUAUACAGCUGUCAGCCGGUCACCAAGUGUUCUCUGGUGGAGACUGCCUUCCUGCUGCUCGUCACCGUGUCCACAAUCAAUAUGUUAACAACGGUAUUAAGUCAAGUGCUGAACGACGCUCCACUACUGCCGGAGGACUCUGACCAGAAGCAAAUGCCGCUGGUUAUGGAGUCACCGCAGUGUGUUCUCUUCGGUACCUUCAUGAUCUGGUUCGCCUCCAUCACGAUAAAUCUCGGUCCUACCUUCCUUUCCGGGGCACUGGCGGCGAACAUUGAUGAGGAACACAACGCCCCAUCGUGUCCGCUCAUCACGGGGCCGCUGCGUCACUAUGUCCUGAACGUGCUGUGGAUCGUGACUAACGUGCUCGUGGUGCUGCUCACAGUCUAUCAUCUCUGGAAGCUGUACCGUGACCUGUCCACCUCCUCGCUCGAAGCCGUCCGCAUCGCCUCCCUCGUCACCACCAUGAUCAGCGUCACCCAGCCAAGAAACCAAGACCCUGAGGCGAGUGAGCACCGGCAGGUCAACAGCUACAUCAACCGUAUGGAGCGUGAGGGCGUGGAGCGAGUCAAAAUGUUCGUGGUGGUGACGAUCGCCUACGUGGUGUUCUGGGGCCCCCUGUUCCUGGUUACUCUGCUCACGCCAUCAGGAGGCAAGACAGGACUCAGCCACGAGGUGACUCUUCACGUGGCUUAUGUGCACGCCUUCGUCAACCCGGCACUGUUCCUGGCGCUGCACAAGGGCUUAAGGAAGGCAGUAACCGACAUUAUGUGUUGCCAUUGCUCCACUGUGAGUUGCGCCGCUGACGAUACAAGUGGACGAGUGGGUGACGGCGGCCUCUCCAGCUUGCAGUCGAACAUGGCGUCCUCGCGGGCUAGUCUCGGCGGCGGCGGGCUGGCAGGGUUGGCCGGGAUGGGCGCGGCUAUGGGGGCGAGCGGUGGUUUAGGAGGAGGCACGUCCGGACUCUCCCCCGCUGCCCAGGCCCUACCGCAGUACCCAACAGACGGAGACAUCACCCCGCCGCCUUUCUCCUCCAUCAACCGACCUUACCUAUUCACGGAAGUAAACAGUCCAGGAGGCAGCGUGCGGGGCUCCCACCAGGACCUGAGCCAGCACCGCCUGCAUAUGGCUACUCCCACCAAGAGCAGUGUGAAUGGUUACCUUGGGAGCCGUGAGGCCAGGAGUCAGGCGAGCGGGCCGACCUUCGCCGCCUAUGACAAAAGACUGGCCUAAGCCGCCCCUGGAGUACUGCCGCCGCCCCUCCUGGUGAAGCCACAGAGGGAGGUGACAACGACGACCUUCAGCGGCUAACAGGAGGAGGAGGAGGAGGAGGAGGAGGAGGAGGAGGAGGAGGAUGAGGAGAAGGAGGAGGAGGAGGAGGUGGAGGAAGUUGGACGUUCUGAGGAAGUAAAAAGUGCGAAGAGGAGACGAGAGGAAAUGAGAAGAAGCGCGAGAUAUAUGACCAUGACGGCACCAAGGUGAAGAAGAGGAGGACGUGGAGAAUUAAGAGGAAAAAGAAGAAGAAGAAGAAGAAGAAGAAGAAGAAGAAGAAGAAGAAGAAGAA